UAUUAUAUAAAACACGAGAAUGCCGCGCCAAAAGCCCACAACCACAAUCGAUGUGGUGGGGAACUUGGAUCUGCGUCCCGAGCAGGCCGUUGGCGACUAUCGCGCCUCUCGCCAGCAGGACAAAUACUUUGUCAAACCUCCCAACUGGGACUCGGCUGGAGAUUCGAUUGAGUUGCUCUACACACAAAAUCUUCGCGAGAACAAUGCGAUGAAGGAGCUGCAGCAGGAGAUGCUUCAAAAUGCAAAGCGCCAGUCCCAGGUCGGCAAUCAGCGCAUUCGGAAGAUGUACAGGAUGCAGGAGAGACUCAGGAAGCGCUUCAUCGAGGUGAACAGCUUCUUCAAGGACUGCGUGGACAAGAAGCAGGCAGCGGACAAGGUCAUACAGCAGCAGCGGGAACUGCACGUGGAGCUGAACAAGGGAAUCGAUUCCUUCAAGAGCUCCAUUGCCGUGCUGAAGGCAUUCCGCACUGAUCUUCAGGCCACGGUGGCCGAGUUUCAGCCCUACGAGUGCGUCCUUCAGGACAUAGUAAAAGUUUCCGAUAUCUUUGUGACACCCAAGGACUGCAUCGAUCGCUGCGAUGCACUCAUGCUUGCCCAGGUGGAGAUCAGCCAACUGCAGAGCCAGAAAAUAGAGGAAAUCAAGCAGAUGCGUCAGCAAAUGUUACAUGUGACCAGCAAGGCGGCCCUCACCGUGCUGGGCCUCAAGACCGAUUUGGGCAGACUGGAGCGUUCGUACAACCAGGCGAGUCAGAUGUGCCUCAAGUGGGAGAAGAUUCUGAGCAGCUGCAAGGACGUCAUAGCCAACAACAAUCUGGACAAGGAACGAUCCAUCGACUGCAUCGUCACCCUGUAUAAAAUGCUGUGCAAGCGGCGGGACAUAAAGCCCAGUCUACGUACCUAUGAGCUGCCCCUUAUACUGGACUUUAUCAAACGGGAGUUGAGUCUCUGGAACGACGUUAUUCGGGAGAUUGAAGCUGCGCCCAAGGCCAACAAGAGCGAUGCCGUGGAUCUCGAAGGAGCUUUAUGCUGAUGGAGUAAUGAUUAGUUAUU